CUGAAACACACCAACUCUCAUAUAAAUAUAAGGAAAAUACAGACUUUUAUUUUAGCCUGGUAACGUAGAGUCAUGGAAGCGUCGCGCUCCUGCAUUUGUUGUGAUUCGGCGGAAGGCCAUUUUCUAGAAGCUGAUGAUAUCCAUGUGCCAUCAUUAUGAAGAUGUCAUUAAUUAAAGAAGAGGGAGAGGACAAGGAGAUUGAAGAAUCAUUGCGUGAAAAACAUGAAGAUACUGACACACAAACAGAUCCGAUGGUGUUGAAGGAGGAAAGUGACGUUCCGAAGGAAACUGAAGAGAACGAUCGGCAUCUAAAGACGUUAAAUGACGUUCACAUAGUGAUUCACACCGAAGAGAGUCCCUUCAUCUGCCAACAGUGUGGAGCCAAGUUCACUCAGAAAGGAAGUCUUAACAGACACCUGAGAGUUCACACUGGAGAGAAACCCUACACCUGCCCUGAGUGCGGAAAGAGCUUUGCUCAACACGGAAACCUCGAAGUCCACAUGGGCGUCCACAGCGAAGAAAAGCCGUACAGCUGCCAACAGUGCGGGAAGAGCUUCAACCGGAAGGGAAACCUUAAUUCCCACAUGAGAAUUCACAGCGGAGAGAGCGUCUUCACCUGCCAACAGUGCGGACUAACUUUCACUUUAAGAGAAAGCCUAAGCAGACACUUGAGAAUUCACACCGGGGAAAGGCCAUUUUCAUGCCAACACUGUGGAAAGAGCUUUGAUCAACAGGAAAACCUUCAAGCCCACAUGAGAAAUCACACCGGAGCAACGCCCUACUCGUGCCCUCAAUGUAAAAAGAGCUUCAGGCAGAAAGGACACUUUAAAGACCACAUGAGGAUCCAUUCCGGAGACAAACUCUACACUUGUCCUCAGUGCGAACGGGUCUUCAGCCAAAGGGGACACUUUGAGGACCACAUAAGGAUUCACACCGGAGAGAAGCCGUUCAUGUGUCCACACUGCGGAAGAAGUUUCAACCGAAGAGGAAUCCUCAACAGACACGUGAGGACUCACACUGGAGAGGAGCCGUUCAUGUGCGGCCACUGCGGGAAGAGCUUCAGAUAUAAAGUGACCCUCAAGUACCACAUGAGAAUGCACACAUGAGAGAGCUGCCUCUGUGUUUCGUCACUGUGCAAAGAGCUUUAUAAAACACUUCAAUACAGACUAUUUUAAUGUGGGGAUGUCAUUGGUCCAUGAACAUUCCCUAUUUCAUAACUAUAACAAGAGGCGAUUCAAUCAUAAUUUAACGUUAAAUCAGCUAUUAUAACAUUAUUUAAACUAUAUAAAUUUAAACUGUAAAACAGGAAA